CGGUGAAAUUAACAUACCGGUUACGUGUUUUGAAGUACACCUGUCAUGACAAAAUUAUCUCUCUGUCAGGUGCACCGUCAGAAAACAUCGCGUACCACUUCCUCUGAAAAGUAUGACCGCCACGUUUAGUUUUUCAUUACCGGCCUCCUGCUCAUUAAAAUGUCCCUCGCUUGACAGCUAAAGCGAAAUGGAAAACUGGUUCAACAUUAUCGGCUGGUUUCUCUCAGUCGUAACAGCAACCGGAAACGGCUUUGUAAUCCUUCUUAUCGCCAAAACUCGCCGCCUUCAUUUCUCGGCCAACUGGUUGGUCCUUUCCUUGGCCGUGGCUGACUUUAGUGUCGGAAUCGCUGUUUAUCCAUCAGGAUAUUUUUGUCAUAACUCGACGGCUUGUAACACCAGGGUGUACAUAGCAUUCUUCUGGUUCUUCCUCCACUCUUCGGUAUCAAAUCUUUGCUCCUUGACUUGGGAUCGUUACAUCGCCAUCGUUCAUCCUUUCAAAUAUAAUACCUCCAUGACUAACAGACGCCCUAGAGUGGUUAUCGUGAUAGCAUGGUUGAUUCCCCUUGCGAUUUCUCUGUCACUAUGCGUUGGAAUGUACGUCACCGACUCCAAGACUGCUUGGAAAGUUUUGCGAUUAACGGGCGUGUCUGCUUUUGACAUCGUAUCCUGUGUGCUGCUCUUCUAUGCUGUUGUUCGUAUCCUAGUUGCAGCUCGUGCACAGUCACACCAAGCAUGUGAAAUAGAACUACAAUUUCAGUCCAACUUUUCGUCCACGGAAGCCGGUACUUCCCGCAGACGACGAACUCCCAACACAGCUCGCUUCAUAAUUGCUUUAGCCGUUUUCUUUUUGGGAUGCUACGUGAUCGUAAAUUUCUCAGUUUUAUGCCAUACUUUGUCUUGCCCAGUGUCAGGCAAAAAAGCUGGCCAUGUCGUGACUUGUCUCCUAGUUCUUAACUCCACAGUGAAUCCUAUGGUUUACGCCCUUUUGAAAAGAGACAUAAAGAGAGAAAUAAGCUCGUUUAUAUCUCACAUGUCGAUUUCCUCUCGAAGCCUGGGAAGACCUUACCUCAAACCGACCGUCAACGGGCAAGGCCAAGUCAGCUGAACAGCGUCGGAGAGCCACGGCCGAAGCAAACGGGCAGCACGGAAAGCGAGAGCUGCUGACUCUUCUACCCAGCCACUAUCGUCCCGAUCACAAUCUGCACAAUCUGCACCAGACAGUUCUGCAUGCAUGCACCCACAUCAGAUUAAUCAGCCACCUUCGUAAACAUUCAACCAACCAGUGAAUCAAUGGUCAUCAUGGAUGGACAAACGCCAUAUAUACAGCCCGAGUAAAACCUUUCGUGAAAGAUUCUUGAUGUCGCAGUUAAUCCUUUGGUUUACGGCGCGCUCUUAAAGAAAGACAUUAAGAAAGAAAUAGGAAAGAAUCCUUGCCGACAACGCUUAAACACGAGCAAUAACCAUGUCACAUUGCCCUUGCUCUUUGUUUAUCUCACAUUUCCAGCCAACGAUUGCAUUUAGAUUAAAGACAUAAGAAACAACGAAAUUAUUCUUAGCACAAAUCGGAAUUUACGAAGGUUUACGAUUUUGUCCAUCUACAUCGAUUCUCUCAUUUUUUUUUUUUUUUUUUUUUUGUCUCCCGCUUUGAAAAAUCCAUACUGCAAAUCCAUACGCAAUUCAUAUUCCUUUACUG